AUGAUGAUGCAGAAGCUUUUAUCUGAGAAAUCAACAUGGGUUCUCGAGGUUAUUACAAUGAUGAAGAACAUGCUUCAUAUAUGGAAUAAAGCAGACAAAAAGAAAAGUGUCAUUAAUGAAGACAUAGUAACAGAAAUCCUUCUGAUGCUGCCUGCAAAAUCAAUCUACAAGUUCAAGUGCGUCUCCAAAACAUGGCUCAAAAUCAUAACUGAUCCCUGGUUUGGUCAUGCUUAUAACUCUUCCAAUGGUCUUCCAGUUCUCGCCGGUUUUUUCCAUGCAGAUGACAACUGUGACUUGAUCUUUAAUCCUGUUAACCACCAACUCUUGUCCCCAUCAUUGAAUCACGUCCCUCUGCUAGGCCUCUCCACUUCUUCCAAUGGAUUCUUGCUCUUGUGCACAACCGAUGGACAGAAAAUUGUCUACAACCCUGUCACCAGAAGAAGAUUAAUGAUACCAAAAAUGAAAGGAGAUCAUGAAUGGUACCAUGCAUUUGGCUUGAUACAUGAAAAAGAUAAUCAUGUCAGAGCAGUAUUUGCUUACAAGCUUGUAACAGACGACAAACAAAUGGCAUUUAAAAUUGAUAGGAUUAGAUGCGACAAUAAAAUAGUGGAUAGAGUUGAGUCACCGGAGAUGCUCGUCCAAUGGCAAUGCAAGACAAAGGAUGUUGAAUUCAGGGUAUAUCAUAGCAAGAAGAAUGAGUGGAAUUCUAAGAGAUUGGUGAGUAAAUUUCCAAGAUAUGUUUGUUUCCAACCAGAACAGAAGGCUGGUGUCUCGAUCGGAGGCUAUUUGUAUUGGAUAUCACUGGACGGAGCAGUGGUGAGCUAUGACAGUGAGAGUGAGGUGGCAGAGUUGAUCAGCUCACCGGAGGCGAGCACAGAAUUGGAGGCUAAGUCUAUGCAUUGCAGUGCCAAUGGAAUUCUUGUGUAUUGCGCAAGGGAGAGGAUGACAGAAGAUGUGGUGAUAUGGGAGCUCAGCGAUCAGAAAACAUGGAUUGCUAAGGAGAGAGUGAAGUUGCAUGGUCUGGAAAACUACCAUCUGAGAACGAUUUUGUAUGUUUGUCAUGAAAUGCAGGCUGUGUUCUUGCAGACGAUGAAGGGAGUUUACAAGUUUAACAUGAGUGAGGAGAAGUUGGAGCUGAUUUGUAGUGAUCGAGUGACUCCUUAUAUGAUGCCUCCAUGGCCUGCUGCUUUAAUUGGGGAUGAAGCAUGCAUGAUAGAUCAUCAGCCUACAGAGGCCGAUGAGAAGGAAUGGUUUGGAAGUCCUUAA